CCACCAUUUUUCCCUUUCGGAAACGCUCCCGCAUGAACGCCGUUCACCGCCGCGGUCGGUGCCGCGCGUAUCUGCCCCUGGGUGAGGAUUCGGGGCGGCUUCACGCCGCGGAGGCGGCCGGAGCCGAAAGAGCCGAGCUCGGGCCCCGCGAUGCCCUGUCCCGAAGCACCACCGCAGUCCCGUACUGCGCCAGGGCCGAAAUCCCCGCGCUUCCCCCGCGCUCCCAGUCGGCGCAUCUCGGAACAGAGUUCCCCCCGUUGUCCGCUGCCCCCCUGAGCCCCUUUCUCGGCUGCAGGGCUCGGCAGAGCGGUGGCAAGGUGCGGCACAAGCGGCAGGCGCUGCAGGACAUGGCGCGGCCGCUCAAGCAGUGGCUCUACAAACACCGCGACAACCCGUACCCCACCAAGACCGAGAAGAUCCUGCUGGCCCUCGGCUCCCAGAUGACCCUGGUGCAGGUCUCAAACUGGUUUGCCAAUGCAAGACGUCGCCUUAAGAACACGGUCAGGCAACCAGACCUCAGUUGGGCUUUGCGAAUAAAACUGUACAACAAAUACGUCCAAGGGAAUGCCGAAAGGCUGAGCGUGAGCAGUGAUGACUCGUGCUCUGAAGAUGGAGAAAAUCCUCCAAGAAACCAUAUGAACGAAGGGGGAUACAACAAACCAGUUCAUCACACUGUGAUUAAAACUGAAAGCUCAGUCAUAAAAACAGGAGUGAGACCAGAAACAAGUGCCAAUGAGGAUUACGUGUCACCUCCCAAAUACAAAAACAGCUUAUUGAAUCGUUACCUGAAUGACUCAUUGAGACAUGUCAUGGCUACUAACGCAGCUAAUGGAAAAACAAGGCAAAGGAAUCACUCUGGUUCAUUUAGUUCCAAUGAAUUUGAGGAGGAAUUGGUGUCUCCAUCAUCAUCAGAGACAGAAGGCAAUUUUGUCUACCGGACAGGUAAGGGAUUCUUCCUACAUCAUUUUUGAUACAGUUGGCUUUGG